AUGUUCAGUCCUUUUCUGAGACCCAUGGCACCUGCCAUUGCUUCCCAGAAAUUUUCACAAUCGCUGAAAAAGGGAUUUUCUAAACCAAUCUAUCUGCUUUCUACGUCUAUUAGAACAUAUCUUACUGGUGCCGGCAGCCAGUUUUUUUUGCGCAAACACACAGUAACAAAUGCUACACUGUUUGGACAAGGCCCGAGGCCCAUAUUUAAACGUUACAAUACACAACUUCCAGAUCGUGUAGAUCCUCGUGAUCCUCUUGAUAACUCGUUUAAAAAUCGCUUACCAAAGUUUCCAUUUCACAAAGAAGCACAGCCCACAUUGAUUCCCAAGGACUCACCUCGCGUGUCUAAAAGCAUGUCUUUUCGUAAACUAGUUCAGACUCUUAGGUCUUAUAAAGAGCCUGAACUACUUUAUAUGGCUGAGUCACAUCGAUUAUACCUGGUUUCUUGUUUUGCUUUAGCAUUUAUUGUGUGCUAUAACAUUUAUGAUCUUCUUGAACGUACUCUUCCUGCUGCUUGGGACGACUAUGUGCGUAAUGACGAAGACCUGCCGCCUGCCCAAAAUGUGGUUAAAACAAUAGGACGACUUGGAAUGGUCCUGGCUAUUGUUGGUGUCUACGCCUCUGCCGCUAUCUUUUUUGCUAUGAUUCCCACACGUCUUGUACGUCGCAUAUAUUAUUUGCCGGGACCUCGUGAACACAUCCAGCUCAUUACACAUCCAUUCCUCCCUGGACGCCCAUCUCCUGUUAUUACGUUACCUCUUGAAGACGUUACCAUUGGGAAAACAUCGAAGGUAUGGACUGGCCAAGGAUUUUAUGGUACCGCUCAACGCACGCAGUUUUUGUUUUUGCUGUUUGAAAAAGGAAAGCUUACACCUUGGAUUGUUGAUCGCAGUGGCUGGUUUUGGGGCGAUGGCCGUGUUUAUGAUGUUAUCUUUGGAAAAGAGCCAGUUGAACAAGCUGAACUUGGGCUGAGUUAUGAUGAUAUGCUCAAAAUUCGCCAAAAACAAGUUAAACAAGCUACAAUGAAUCUUAAGCAAGAACUGGGUCCAGCAUGGAAACUUAAGGCCAUGGCCAACCUGAUGAAGGAGGACAUUUCUAGUGCAAGUCAAAAGCUUGGAAUUACAAACAGUACACCCCCUAACAAGAGCAUUCGUGGUCCAGCCAAGGACAAAAAAAAUCAAUAA